AAGCAAACAAACGGAGGGUUUCCCGAGCGAGGACACCCGAGCCGACCCGAAUGAGGGCAGACGUCAGGUGGCCUGCGUGCUGAAUGGAGCAGAUGGCAAGCCCACAAACCACAAACUAGUGUUAGGCCUUUGUGUGUAUGUCUGCGCGGCCCUUCCCGACCGUGGGAUCCGGCGAGCACUUUCAACAGUUAUUCUAUUGGUGAAUAUCCUGGCUGCCUUUGAGCGGUCGGGCUGUGCCUUUUACGAAUCUGUUCAUUCGAGGCUGACGCUGAAAUUUCAUUCUGGAUUUUCUGGAUUAUGUUGAGUUCGUCUGAAAUGAACACUGCUUUAUUGAAAGCAAAAUUCAGUUGCAUAGAGCAUUUUUUGUACAAGUCGGUGUAGAAUCUAACAGGAGACGACCAAGUUUUAGCUACACGGCUUCUUGAGUUUGCCUCUUCGGUGGAUUGAAAAGUGAAACAUAUCUCCUCAGUCUCAUCUCUUCGCUAGAUCGGCGGUGUGGGAUAUGGCCAGGAGAUAUUUUACACUGAUUCUGACAGAGUAUGUUUGCCGAUAGGCCGUCUCUCCCCUGCCUGUGACUGAGACUUGAGCGCCACCAUGGCUGACAUUGGUGUGGUGGACGAGGUGGACAUUGACCUCGAUGGGGUCAACGACUCGCAGAUUGUCUUCUACGUUGGCUAUGACUUUGAUGAGUAUGCCGGAAAAGUGACCCCCAAACCGGAAAAUAAGAGCCCAAUGCUCCUAGUUCUUAACACUACCAGGGAGCCCAUGCCAGAUAUCUAUGAGCUGAACAGGAGGAAAGCGGGGUCUUUUUACCCCAUAUUCAUAAUUCUGGGAUGUAUUAUGGUGCUUGGCGUUCUAUGCAAUAUUCUCGUGUGCUACAUCUACAGGUGUCGCUCGAGGAGGGCCACCUCCAAUUUCUUUGUUAUCUUCUUCGCAAUAUUCGACAUGUUUGGGUGUUUUAUUGGAAUUCCAUUGGAAAUGUGUGCCUUAGGCCUACCCUACGUUUUUGAUGUGGUGCCACUUUGUAAAAUAAUGGGCUUUUUGGAGACGUGGUCAGUUUGUGCUCUGUGCUUAACUCUAAUCUGUGUUUCUUAUGAUUGCUACAGAAAACAUUGUCGCCCAUCUGAAGAUUUCGGGGUGAAAAAAGCAAGGGUUUACUGCAUUGUGUCGAUAGUGGUUGCUGUAGUGGUUUCCAUUCCAGCAUGUUUUGUAUUUGAUAUAAAUAAAAUAAGAACUGCUCAUGCAGGGAUAUACGGAGAGGGGUGUUCCAUAGACCCCGACUUACCUCAGUGGUUGAGGAUUUUGUACUUCGCAUGUGUUCUUACUACCUUCACCAUGAGUUUGAUUAUCAUGUCAGUUCUGUACUGCCUGAUUGGCGUCAACUACUGGAAGCAAAGACAAGCGGAGGAGAGGGGGGAGAAACCCAGCCCGGCAAAGCGGGAAUUUCCAAAGAAACAUCGGUUCGUUCGAGAAGACACCAGCACCUCCUCUGUGACGAACUAUAACGAAGAGAUUUGUCGCUUACACAGUCAGAGCACGGUGUCCCAUUCGAACACUGACCCCGCACGAGUGCCUCUGAAAAGCAGCGGCAUCGUCAAGACGAACAGUCUUCAGGCCAGCAGCGCCCCCCCGUCAGCAGCAGUGGUUCAGCUGCACGUGAAGCACACGAGGCAGACGUGGAUAUUCCUGGUCAUCUCGAUAGCAUUCGUAGUGACAAUGCUGCCCUAUGUUGUGGUGACCAUCCUGUGCGUGGCCACCAAAGUCUUCAAUCAGUUCUCCUCCAAUGCCACGGAGAUCGCCUUCAACUUGUGCAUUCGCUCCUACCUCCUGAACUAUGUGGUGAAGCCCGUAGUGUACAUCAUCUUUAACUUGAACUUCCGGAAAGAAGUGAAGCAGCUGUUCCUCAAGGUGUGGGCCCUGUGCACGCGGACCAGCAUGGAGCAGCAGCAGGGCUCUCGGCAGCUACGCCGAUCCUUCACCAUGGGUGCUCCGAGAUCUACAUCAAGAAUUCCAAUCUAUAGACCUCCAGUCAGUUCUGCAUGAUUUGUUUUUUGUACAUGUACAAGGAUGCCUUUGUAAAUUUUACGAAAAGUUUUGCAAAAUUCUGUAAAUCCAAAUCAGUCUGCGAUGUGGACAUAAUAUUAUUUUUGCCUUGUAUUGUUUUGUAAAAAGUAAUGUAAAUGUUGGUGUAUGUCAAUGUGUGUCUCGGGAUUACUGAACUGAAUUUCAUAAGACUAAAGUGCUACCAAGGGGUGUUAUAUAUAGGGAUAGAUAGAACACUUCAGUUUUGAACAUUUAUCAUGAGAGAUAGAGAGGAAAUAGAAUGCAAGAUGAAAGGGAACAUCUAUGAAAAAGCACUUUAUUUUGUUCUAAACUGCGUUUGAAUUAAUUGAAAAUUACCUCCAAACAUCAUCUAAUUGGGUUGGUCCUUUGUUUCAUUUUGGUUUUCCUUUUUCUUUUUAAUCAAAACUACAAUUAUAUUUCAUUUACAUUUAAAUAGCAGGUGCCAUGUUGUAGUGUUUGUUGCUGGGCAGUGUUCAUGAUGCUUUUCAUGUCAAGUAACCCAUAUAUCGAUACAACUUUGUUCAGCCUAGACAUGAUGUAACACAGAGUUCAGGACUUGUCUUGUUAUAAUCAAAGAAAUUUGUGUACAAAGUCAAAGUUAAUUGCUUUUGUUUCCCUGGAAUGCUCAAGAUUGAUGCUGAGAAGACCAAGUUCAUAAAUCAUAGAUUGUUUCUGUUUUGUUGUUCUAAACCUGAAGCAAAGAUAUGGUAAGAUAAGGUUUAAUGUUUGACUUAACAAGGAGAUAUCCAUUCUGAGAUAAAGCAGAUCAGGUGUUUGAUAAUAAGUUUGUACGAAUAUUAAUUUGUAGUAUUGUUGAACCCCUGUCAGCAUUUUGUUAUUACUUGUAAACUUCCUAUGCUCCGAACACUGCUUACUUUUACCAGUUUUCUCAGGCAUUCAUUGCUCCAUGAUUUAUAAGUCUAUAAGUCUCACUUAUUCUUUUGUCUUAUUUACAUACUCUUGUCACAAUGUUACAAAUUUGUUAAAAGGAGCAAAGAUUCAAAGCAUUUUAUCCUCUGGCAGUUUUUGUUUGAUGUAAAGAUGUGGCUGUCAAAAAGAAGCUUCUGAUACUGUCUAAUACAGAUUUCAUGUCUGCUAAACAGAGU